UGGCUGUGUCAUCUGACCAGAACUGCGGCAGAGGCGAUGGCGGGUCCCAUGCUGCGCUGGUGCUGUCCUGUAGGGCGUUGGGCUUUAGCCUGCAUUGACGGCGGUUCUCGCUACGGAAGAGGGGCUGCGACUGGGUGCACGUCCAGCGGGAAAAGGGGACAGAGCUCAGUGGCUCAGCAGCCCCGCAUCACGGCCCAGAAGCCAAGGAAGGGUGAACACGAAUGGGCAGCUGUGGUAGGUUUGGAAAUUCAUGCCCAGAUUUCCUCCAAUUCUAAACUCUUCUCUGGAUCUCAAGUCCACUUUGCAGCACCUCCAAAUUCUUUGGUAUCUUUUUUUGAUGCAUCUCUACCUGGAACUUUGCCGGUUCUCAACAGGAGGUGCGUCGAAGCGGCAGUGAUGACAGGCCUGGCACUGAACUGCCGCAUAAACAAGAAGUCCUUGUUUGACAGGAAGCACUACUUCUAUGCAGACCUCCCUGCAGGCUACCAAAUUACCCAGCAAAGGCUUCCGAUCGCUGUGAAUGGGAGCAUGGUGUACGGCGUCUGUGUGGGGAAGAAGCGGAGUCAGGUGAUCAACAAGACAGUGAGGGUCAAGCAGAUCCAGCUGGAGCAAGACAGUGGCAAAAGCCUCCACGAUGACCUGCGGUCUCAGACGCUCAUUGAUUUGAACAGGGCGGGAGUUGGCCUUCUGGAAGUGGUCCUGGAACCUGACAUGUCCUGUGGAGAAGAGGCAGCAACAGCAGUCAGGGAGCUGCAGCUGAUACUUCAAGCCCUGGGGACGAGCCGGGCGAAUAUGGCAGAGGGCCAGUUGAGAGUGGAUGCCAAUAUAUCUGUGCAUCACCCUGGAGAGCCUCUGGGCAUUAGAACUGAAGUGAAGAAUCUCAACAGUGCCAGAUUCUUGGCCAAAGCAAUAGACUAUGAAAUUCAGAGACAAAUCAAUGAACUUGAGAAUGGAGGUGAAAUUCUGAACGAAACUCGCUCCUUUGAUUACAAGCUGGGGUGCACCGUACCAAUGAGAGACAAAGAAGGAAAACAAGACUACAGGUUUAUGCCAGAACCCAACCUGCCUCCCUUGCUGCUCUAUGAUGCUGAAUCUCUGCCCACCGCUGCAGACCCACAGCAAGUGAUCAAUAUUGACCAGAUUCGGGAGCAGCUGCCGGAGCUCCCCAGUGUGACCCGGGAGAAGCUUGUUCAACGGUAUGGAAUGCUGCCGGAACACAGCUUCGCCUUACUGAAUGAAGUUGGCCUACUGGAGUUUUUCCAAAAUGUGAUAAAAGAAACUAGGGCGGAGCCAAAAAAAGUGACUAGUUGGGUCCUCAACACUUUUCUGGGUUUUUUAAAGCAACAGAACCUUGCUGUCAGUGAGAGUCCUGUCACACCUUCUGCACUGGCCGAGCUGCUCAACCUGCUAGACAGGAAAGCAAUUUCUUCAUCGGCAGCUAAACAGGUGUUUGAGGAAUUGUGGAGGAGCAAAGGGAAGACUCCAGCACAGAUCGUUUCAGAAAAGAAGCUUGAACUGAUGCAGGAUCAAGAGGCACUGGAACAGCUCUGCCACGCUGUGAUGGAGGGACAUCCUCAAGUGGUAACGGAUGUGAAGAAGGGAAACCCCAGAGCUAUAAAUAAACUGAUUGGGUUGGUCCGAAAAGCGACUCUCAGCCGAGCGGAUCCGACUGUGAUAAAGGAGAUCCUGGAGAAGAAGCUGUCACCCGGAGAUGUUUCGGGUCCCUCUGCCCGAGGGAGAACAGUGCAGCCGUGACCAGGAACCAAGCCUGUGAAACGCUGACGCUGUGUGCUCCAUGCGCUGCGUCUCCCAGUCCCUGGCCCAAGCCAGAGCCAGAUGGCCACACCUGACCUGUGAGAGCCACCUCCACAGAAGACCAGCAGCCUCACCCGUUUGCUUCAUUGACAUCAGAAUGGUUCCGUGAUAGCUGCAGCAGUGGUUAAGAGAUAGCACAUU